GCCCGCCCGGCCUGACUGACUGACGGACAACAACAGUCACUCGGACCGAACUCACGCUAAGGAUCCGUCGUGAGCUGCUACAGAAAAGAAAAAAGACAAAAGGAAAAACAUCAGAUUCGCCAAGGAACAGGCUGUUUUGUGUCGUGGAUUUUUUUGUUUGCGUCACUAUGAACACCUCAAGUCUGCUCCUGCUGGCAUGUUGUGUAUGCAGCCUAAGUGCACUUGGAGGAGCUGCGGAUGUGGAGCAGGCUCUGACGAAGAAGGUCUUCACCAACUAUAACCUGAAGGUGCGACCUGCACACACCCCCGAGGAGCGAGUGGUGGUCCGAGUGGGCAUGACCCUCUCUUCGUUUGUUGGACUGAAUAUGAAAAAUGAAGAAAUGAGCACCAUUGUUGUCAUGAAUCUGGAAUGGACAGACCACCGACUGUCAUGGAAUCCCAAAGAGCAUGACGGGAUUAAUGUGCUGCGUAUCCCCGCAGCAAAGGUGUGGCUACCAGACAUUGUCCUCAUCAACAACAAUGACGGCGUGUUCGAUGUGGCCCUGCAUGUUCACGUGCAGGCCUACAGCAACGGCAGAGUGACCUGGACCCCGCCUGCGCUCUACCUGAGCUCCUGCAGCGUUAAGGUGACGUAUUUCCCGUUUGACUGGCAGAACUGCACCAUGCAGUUCCGCUCCUACACGUACGACUCCACCGAGAUAGAGCUGCAGUACGCGCUGGACUUACUGGGGAAUGAGAUCAAGGAGAUACAACUGGAUGAAGCCUUCAGCGAAAGCGGCGAGUUCCACAUCAGACACAAGCCAUGCAGAAAGAACAUGAACAACGACAUGUACGAGGACAUGACGUUCUACCUGAUCAUUGAGAGGAAGCCGCUUUACUACGUCCUGAAUAUCAUCCUCCCCUGCAUCAUCAUCACCCUCAUUGCCAUCUUCAACUUCUACUUGCCGCCUGACGCAGGUGAGAAAAUGGGCCUGUCCAUCAACGUGUUGCUCACUCUCACCGUCUUCCUGCUGCUACUUGCUGAUAAAAUUCCUGAGACGUCGCUGGGCGUUCCAGUCAUCGUCAAGUACAUCAUGUUCACCAUGAUCCUGGUCACCUGCUCCGUCAUCCUCAGCGUGGUGGUGCUCAACCUCCACCACCGCUCCCCAAACACGCACAUGAUGCCCCUGUGGGUGCGCAGGAUCUUCAUCCACAUGCUGCCACCUUACCUGUGCAUGUUACGCCCCAAAGUGGAGAUGCCUCUGACUUUGGAGAUGCUUCCCGUCCAACGGGAGAAAAAAGUGCUAGCCAUCAACAAGGGUGCUGAUGAGUACUUCAUACGCAAACCAGAUGCCUCUGUUCUGUUUCCCAAACCCAACAGGUUCCAAUCAGAGGCCAAGUCUUCUGACCUGAGAAAGUACAUCGAUGGGCCAAGCACCUACCUAGCUUUGCCCCCUGAACUCAAGUCAGCCAUCGAGGCAAUAACGUACAUAGCUGAAGCUCUGCAGGCUGAGAAGGAUUACGAAGCGCUGAAGGAGGACUGGCAGUACGUGGCCAUGGUGGUGGACCGUAUGUUCCUCUGGAUAUUUGUCAUCUUCACCACCGUGGGCACCUUGGCUAUUUUUAUUAAGGCCAGCCUCAACCGUGCACCCACCGACCCUUUCUAAAAACAACCAAAACAAUAAAAUAAAUGCAAAUAAAUGAACAUUUUGACUCUUCACAGAUCAGAAACCAGGCUUGAGAACUCCUGGCCGUUGUUCCACAUUGUAGAUGAUAUUAAUCAUGGACUCCAUGGAAUAUUCUGCAACCUUUUUAAUACGAUUAAAUUUAACAUAUAAAAUAAAAAAAUCAUUUAAAAAUGGAAAAAAAAUAUUAAAAAAUGUAAUGUUUAUGUGAUGCGGACAACAUGACAUAAAUAUGAGGCGAUGGUGUCAACAAAUAAACACGAGGUCCAGCAGAUGCCGUAAUGAGCCAGCCGUAUGCUUUUCAUUUCCAUGUGUCACAAUGUGCCGCAGUGUGUCACAUGCUUUAUGGAUAUUCCUGUGCCCCAACUAAUCCUCUUUGUAUUUAAAGCACUUGUCUGUGUUUGUGGACGGAGGCUAUUCUUAUGUUGCAGCUGUGGAAUUCCCUUCGUAUAGGCCACCUUUUUUUUUUCCCCCUUGCCAAACACACACACACACGACUGCAAAUUGUGUGGUUUUGUUAUUUUGUUUUCAUUUCAAUAAA